CUAAAACGAAAAAAACUCCUUCAACGCGAGAUCCAAUCAACACUUUGUUACGACCUUUUUUUUUCCACUCCUUUCCUUCCACCAUUUAACUACUUGUUCAGUUACUCAUUCUCUAUCACAAACAUUUUAUUUCACUUUAUCUUGCUCCCACACAUACGCUGAUUUAUCGAUUGACAUCCAUAUUAAGGUUGAAUAUUCAUCUUUUUAUUCACUAACCGUCAUUCUAUCAUCAUGUCUAUGUCAGGGUCGGGACCAGGCCCAGACUCAAGCUCAAAGCACUCAAGCACACUCCUAGCUCUUGAUGCGCUUCUUGCUAAUGCAGCCAAGGCACAUGCCUCUGCCUCAAGAAUAAGGACACCUAUCCGACGCAUGAAACAACCAUCACCGCCAAAUAGGCGCGACACUCUCGCACAUAAUCAACAUUCACACCUACCUUCGCCCUUUGUGACUGCGUCUCAUCCCGAUGACAACCAACUUGUGCUUGACUAUGAUGAGGAUGAAGACAAUAGUGAACACGAAUACAGCUUCGAUGAUAGUGAUUUGGAUGAAUCGGAUUUAUGCGCACUCACUUCGUCCAACGAUUUCACUGCACUCCUAGAAAGCCAUGUCCAAAAACAACAACUCUUGCAACGACAAUGUCUUCAAAGACAACAUCAAAAGCAGCAUCAACAACAACAACAACAACUGAAGGAACAACGGCCCCAAACUGAUAUGAAACAAGCAUUAGACAGCCACGCUCAUUCAAAACAGCUGGAUAAAGUCGAUAAGCCCAAUACUCAAGACACUAUGAAGCCACAGAAACAACAACAAACUAGAGAUGGGGACGAGACAACCAAUAUUGACUCAAAUGAUAUCGCGAAUGGGCUAAAAGAGUUGCCCAAUCCAUUUCAGGCCCCAGUUGCGGGUCCAGAAUCGUCGCUUACACGGCCGCGGGGGCCUUACAAGGCUAAAACCAAACAGAAUUUUCCCACUCCCACACCGACAAUGACUGUUGCCAACACAUCUGCUUCAUCAUCUACAGUAACAUCGUCUUCAGGGACAGCAGCAGCCGCCACAUCUGCGGAAGGCACUAUACCGACUGGAGCACCACCGAAAAGACAGUAUAAAAAGACAAUCCUGCGACAGCAGGCUGCACUCUUGGCUGCUCAAAUCAAAGAUGAAAAUGAGAUGCGGGACUUGGAGGCCACUCGACGUGUCAUGAACAGGACAGCUAUCAUUAAGCACCUACGCGUAUUGCGAUCGCGGCUUGCCUACGCGCAUUACAAAGUUAACAGAGGUUUAGAAGAGCAACCUCUGCACAUGGUUGCAGAGCUUUUCGAAGAAAGUCUUGAAGAUAGUUCUGAAGCUGAUAAUGCAAAAGUAUCUCGGAGUUUGUCUAAGACAAACAAUAAACCUUGUGCUACUCCAUCGAAAGUAACAACGGCUAAUACGAAUCAAACAUUGGUCACGCCGAGUCGUUCUAGCCGUACAGCAUCCCCUGGAAUCCCUAUUUCCCCGAGCAAGGCUGUUGAAACAGGAAAAACGCCACAUUCUAAGAAAACAGAUGAUCGGGACCAACCAAUUUUAAUUGGGUCUCAUUCCCUGCCUAUACCAUGGAAAACCCCCGUCAAAAACCGCGUUAGGCGUCAAUUGAAGUUUUUAUCUGAUGAUGAUGAUACAUGUUCAGAUGACGGCGAUGAGAUUGAUAUUCGCCUUUCUACACUGACUCGGCCGCCUAUGCGUCGCGUACCAGCUAAGGCAACUUUAGACCCCGAUCUUCCUACACUGACCAUGACCCAAGAAGAACUACUUGAGCAUCAGAGGCUUCAGCUAGAAGAGCUUCAACAGAAACAACUUGAGCAGCUUCAGGAACUACAACAGAUGCAAACGGAGCAACAGUUAGCCUUUCAGAGGGUUCACGCCCAAAGAUCAUCUCACCAGAAAACUUCGUUAGUAGGUAAUGACUUAGGUUACCUUAGAACUACAUCUCGCAGGUCUACGCUAUCACCUGGAGCUCCUAGGGCUCUACUUACUAGUAGUAGAGCAUCACCGCCCAUAUCACCAUCACCAUCACCAUCACCAUCACCAUCACCAUCACCAUCACCAUCACCAUCACCAUCACCAUCAUCGUUAAAGGUGGUAGACAAAUUUACAUAUAUCGAGAACUCAACUAUCAAUCCAGCACCCAGACCAAGACAGAUGGAGAUUCAACGGAGGAAUACGUUUGAUACCAAUAGCGAACUCAAAUCUGCAUUAAAAGAUGAGCUCCGGCAGCUGAUACAACAGCAACAGCAGCAACAGCAGCAAAGAGAAUUAGAAGAACAUCGUCUACGUCAACAAAAAAAGCUUCAGCAGAAUCGGCUAAAAGAGCAGGAACUACUUCGAAGGCAACGGCAGUUAGAACAGCAGCAAUUGCAGCAGCAAAAGCGUAAACAACUGUUGCUUCAACUACAACAACAUCAAAUAGAAGAGGAGGAUAGACAACGCCGUCUAGAAGCUUCGCCAUCCCGACAGAAAUUGCAACGACAACAACAACAGCAGCAGCAAAAUCAGCAACGAAAGCGAGAACUUCUUUCGGCAUCAUCACGAGCGACUACCACCGCCACAAAUAAGAACUCGCUUCUCUCAACCUUAUCUCCAUUUAAAGGACCUUCUUUGCUUAUGACACCAAAAAAGAAGAAGCCUUUGAACCCAGUUCAGAAGGCUCCAAGUACUGAAAACAUUUUGGCAUCGGCACGAUCUUCCACACCUACCAAGACGCGUUCCUUUUUAACGGCUGUUUCCCCUGCCCUAACAAUGGCCAAAAACACACCACUUCCUUAUAAUACUAGCAACAACAUCAACAGUAGGAACAAGCGGGCUCACGCAGCUUUUGAUGACAAGGAAAACCAACUAUCGCCUCCAUCAUCUCCAAUAUUAGGCCGACAACAAUUAGUCUCCAUAAAUAGGGAUGCGGACUUUAUCGCCGAUCAGAUGUCUUUGAUCAAAGCAUUUAAGAGGCAACGUCCAUCCUCUAUGGCCCCCAAGGAUGAUAUGCUGCCUCCAACCACCAUAUCUUCUAUAAUAACCCCUUCAAAACCCCCGGAGACGGAUCCUAUCGCCAUUUCUACUCUGCCCAGUCUGACAGAAGAAGGCUCUACAGACUUGUCUGUGAAUACAGGCACAACUGACUUUGCUACUACAGCCAUAACACUAUCUUCUUCUCCUGCAAUAACAUCAUUACCUGUGGAGGCACCUGUACUCACGCCCAUGCCCGUGCCUACAUCUGUAUCUGUGACAGACACAUCGGAGGUUUUGGACACUGCGCAGGUGAAUACAGAUUUCUUGAGUUGUUUUGAUGAGUGGAUGUCGGAUCUGGGAACGGAGGAUAUUUGCGGUAAUGGCUUCUCAGUUAACACAGCACCGCAGCCAGACUUUGAUUUUGGAACAAUGGUAUUUCCUAUGGGUAGUAGUAGUCAGCAGCCCGAUGUCCUGGAAGAAAUCGGCCGAGGUGAAUUGGGGGCAGAUGAUGAGCUUGGACAGGAGGAAGAUGAUGACGACGAUGACGAUCAGUCGGAUCAAGGAGACGAGACGGAAUUGGACGAAUCUGAGAUUGAUCGCCUACUGUAUUCUGAGGCUGGAGACGACUAUGACGUAUAUGGAACACAGCAGCCCGCUCUAGGCACGCCCGAAUCUGAUCUUGCUGGACAGGAUCUACUAACAAAUGAUGCAAUAACAGCCAAUCUGUAUGGCUGGUUUCCAACCCCAACGACGGUAACAUCAGUUAGCCAACAAGAUGAAGGAGCUGUUACUGUGAUAGAUCAACAGCCUUUGUCGCUGCUCUCGUCAGAUCCAAUACUGUCAUCGUCGCCCAUAGAGCUUACUGAAGGGUUGGGACUGGAUCUCGAAUUUGAUCCAGCUAGUGAUUCCUUGUGGAUUCAGCAAGAGCUUCGGCUCCAGAAUCAGCACCAAUAUCGGAACCAUAAACAACUCGAUUCUGAAAAUGUUGUCGCCAACUCUUCCCGACCGGGAACGCCUCCAUUGGAUUCUACAGCAUCAACUUUACUCUCAUCAUCGUUUUCAGAUGUCCUGCUACCGAUUGAACUCUCUUCUCCCACUUCGUCGUCACAGCCUAGUGGUCAUCAUCACUAUAUACCCAUGGGACCUGAUGGAAAUGUUGUAUCAUAUGAUCGAACCAGUGCCAAUGUGGCGGUUGUAGCUGCUGAUGUACAACAUGUAGUGAAUGAGAGUGAUGAUUUUUUACAAAAGUUUGAGCCUGGUCUGACACUCUCUACUACAUCUCCUUCAGACAUCUACUCUUGCGCUGUUGCUGCUGCUACAGCUGCUACGGUCGGUACAUGGGGAGAAGAAGAUUCGAAUGUUUAAGAUGUUUUUUUUAUUUUUAUUUUGUAAUACAAAUACAACUUAAUAUAUUAGUAAUGAGUACAAUAUGAUAAAAAGUAGCGAAG